UGAUCGUCACAUUUGUUGGGACAGCGUCAAAUCAUCCAUGUCCGCCCACAUCGCACGCCUUAGCCGAACGCAGCUGUCCGGAACUGUCUGGAAAGCGCGUUCAAUCGUCGGGCAGUGCCGCUCCUCUAGCCAUCUUCAUCUUGUUGACGAACCUUCGAUGCUGAAGCCAACUAUCAGUUGACUCGGUUGACAACACCACUGAUACCCAUGUAUUCAUGUACGAGUUCAACCCGGACCUACUGGCCGCCGUUUGCCCGCACCGCUUGCAGCAGUACAGCCUUGACUAGCCAUGUCCAGAUGUGGCCGAGAGCUGGUCGUGAAUUGUGUCCUGCGCCCCUUCCUCGUCAUCGUGUAUGUCCUCCAUCUGGCAAUCAGAAUCAGGCGAGCCACUCCGUUGUAUAGUUGCUCGUUGCUCUCAAACGUCACUAGCGCCCAGGGCAAGAUAGUGGCGAAUGUUCGCUACUGCUCUUCGAGGCUCUGAACGUUAACAGGAUCACACUCGCGCUCCGCUCUACUUGCAAAACUUGACAAAUCUACUAUCGCGCCGUGGGCGGUCUCUCCCCGUUGGGCGUUGGUCAACGCGCGUAGCUGCCCACUGGGGAAUACUGGGUCUAUUGUCUGACGCUUUCUAGUGUCGAAUUCAUCAGAGCUCAAUGUGCCCUGUGUCCAGUCCUAGGGUUGGUGCAAACCGGGUUUUUUCCCCUCCGAAUGUAAAGUGCUAUGUGCAAACCGGGUCUUGUCGCCGUUAUACGCCUCCUUGAGUUUCGGUGGGCACCCGAGUUCAGGAACGUAACCACUAGUCACGGUGGUGUCUCCACUGCUCAAUGCUCUCCGUUCCCAAUGACCCACCCUCAUGUGCCCUCCCAAACCGCAGCCGCAACUCCUGACGAUGGCAGCUGCCCUCCUCCACCGGCUCUCUUCCUUUGUUAGUUAGCGGGCUCUGCAUUGCGUCUCCCGCCCAGCCGGGGCGUUGCGUCGGGCCCGGCUCAGGUGAGUAGCAAUGAACUCGAAA